AUGUGUAGGUCAUUUCUACGGCCGCCGCAUGCCUUGCUUGCUCCCCAUGCUGUCUCUUUAAGGUCGCGCCUGAGUGGUCGCCACCUUUCGUCACUGAAGAAUCCCGAUCGAUCGAUUGCCGUGGCGAACACCAGAUCGCUAAGUCUGGGCCAUGCUCAUCAUGCCGCGCGACCUGUUUCACCCUUCCCUUUACACACCGUCGUCAGUCUUGCGCACCAUUCUUGCUUGAAGCUAGGCCGCUUUGCUCCAUCACGUACAUAUUCGCAAGCCUUCGCUACCGGAAAUGAUAUAUGCGACACGAAAGAAAUGAAAAUGGCUAUAAAAGCAGAAGUUGACAUCCAACCAGCCGAUAUUCUCAAUGGAGAUGUAGCUGCGCUUGCUGGCCAAGCAGAAGCGGCGUGGGAUCCCGAGUCGGAUGAGAAUGUCCCACUGGAGGAGGACGAGCUCAAAGAAGCACUAGGACGACCUCCUCCAGUCAAUAGCAGUUAUCUUCCGCUCCCCUGGAAAGGCCGUCUUGGAUACGCUUGUCUUAAUACAUACCUCCGUUACUCCAAUCCUCCUGUCUUUUGCUCUCGCACCUGUCGCAUUGCCUCCAUCCUUGAAAAUCGCCACCCACUCCAAGACCCAGACGAGCCCGCGCAUCCCACAAAGAACCGCCCGGACCGCAACAAGCCGGCAGAUAUAGCACGUGGACAGGCGUUUGUUGAAUCCCUGGGCUUAGCGAAUGCGCGCGAUCUUUUGAAGUUGCUUCGCUGGAACGACAAAUAUGGGAUUAAGUUCAUGCGACUGAGUAGUGAAAUGUUCCCGUUCUGUAGCCAUAAAGAAUAUGGUUAUAAGCUGGCACCAUUCGCCUCGGAAGCAUUGGCAGAAGCAGGCCGGGUGGUCGCAGAACUCGGCCAUCGCGUCUCUGUGCAUCCUGGACAGUUCACUCAACUGGGUUCGCCACGAAAUGAGGUGGUUGAAAAUUCAUACCGCGAUCUUGAGUACCACUCUGAAAUGCUACAGCUUCUUAAGCUACCACCGCAACAGGAUCGCGAUGCAGUCAUGAUUCUGCAUAUGGGAGGAGUAUUUGGUGAUAAAGGCGAAACUCUAGACCGGUUUCGAAAGAAUUACGCAGUUUUAUCGCAGGACAUCAAGAACCGACUGGUCCUGGAGAAUGACGAUGUUAGUUGGACAGUACAUGAUCUGCUACCUAUCUGCGAGGAAUUAAAUAUUCCCUUGGUUCUCGAUUAUCACCACCAUAAUAUCUUAUUUGACGCAAAUGAGGUCCGAGAAGGCACUCAGGAUAUCAUACCACUCUACGAUCGCAUAGCGACGACGUGGUCACGGAAAAAUAUCACUCAAAAAAUGCAUUACUCUGAGCCCACGAACUCUGCAAUAACCCCUCGACAACGACGCAAACACAGCGACCGUGUCGCCACCCUGCCUCCUUGUGCGCCGACCAUGGAUCUAAUGAUAGAAGCCAAGGACAAAGAACAGGCCGUCUUCGAAUUGAUGAGAACCUUUAAGUUACCCGGUUACGACCUCCUUAAUGACUUAAUCCCAUACAUGCGAACAGACGAGAACAAAGCUUUCAAGCCUCCUCGCAAAACCAAGAAAAAUGACGGAUUCGUUGAUCUCGAGGGAACUGUUCCGCCUCCAAGACUUAUAACAGACGAAGAAGUUGGCAUGGGUGGCCCUGACCGGAGAGUCUAUUGGCCUCCAACUAUGGAGGAAUGGCUCCGCCCUGCUAAAAAGGUCGUGAAGACCAAAACGACUAAGAGCCCGGCCAAGGGAUCUGCGGCCAAAAAGAUUAAAAUCGAACCUAGUGCCCCUGAUGACCUUCCAGAGACACCGGUCAAAAAACCUGCUCAAAAGCCACGAACCCCAGCGUCGACCAAGUCUCGCGCAAAGCGCAAGGCCUCUGAAAUUGAGUCUACUCCGGAGCCGGAGGAGCUGGAUCCAAUCCCAACAACUAAAAAGCCGGUCGCUUCGAAGCCCGCUGCUCGGCGGAGUAGUCGAGCUCAAAAGGUGAACUAUGUCGAGGAUAGCGCCUAG